AAAAAAAUUACAAAGGCAAUUUGCCUCUUCAUUUCUCUUAUUUUCCUCACUUUCCCAUCGGUUUUGUUCAAUUUUUUUAGGGGUGUCGUUUCUUGGUUGAGCAAUUUCAUUUAAGAUUCGAGUCAUGGCUUAUGCAUCUCAUAUAAUCAAUCACUCGAAAAAGUUAAAAAAUGUUCCCAACUUGCUUCGGCAUCAGCAUGCUUGUUUGGUUCGUUGGUUUUCUAAUGAUACCUGCUUCUUCUUCAAUAAAAAGGAUGAUAUUGGUAAAGUUUGUCAUCAUGAUUUUUUAGCUGCAGAAAAAGAAAAGUUCUCUAGCACUGCUACUAAUAACACUGUGUCAUUGUUUGGUGCAUCUAGGAAAAAUGUCUCAAGAACGAUAAUGCAAGUUGGGAUCCCAAUGGCUGGACCACUACUCAUGAAGGGUUUUUCUUGUUCACAGGUACAGUCAAGGAGAGGAUAUUCAUCUGAUUCAGGUCUUCCUCCACACCAAGAGAUUGGAAUGCCUUCUCUCUCACCUACAAUGACAGAGGGUAAUAUAGCAAGGUGGCUGAAGAAAGAGGGUGAAAAAAUUUCACCUGGUGAAGUACUAUGCGAAGUUGAAACGGAUAAAGCAACAGUCGAGAUGGAAUGCAUGGAAGAAGGUUUCCUUGCAAAGAUAAUAAAGGGGGAUGGAUCAAAAGAAAUUAAAGUUGGUGAGGUAAUUGCUAUUACGGUUGAAGAUGAGGAAGAUAUUCCCAAGUUUAAGGAUUACAGUCCUUCAGCAUCAGAUGGUGCUGCUGCAGCUAAAGGGCCCGCUACUUCUACCCCACCUCCCCCACCCAAGGAGGUGGUUGAGGAAACAGUUAGUUCACCAGAACCAAAGAUUUCCAAGCCCAGUGCAACUCCUGAAGAUCGCAUUUUUGCUAGUCCUCUAGCAAGAAAAUUGGCUGAAGAUCACAAUGUACCUCUCUCAAGCAUUAAAGGAACAGGUCCUGGUGGAGACAUUGUGAAGGCUGAUAUUGAAGAUUACUUGGCAUCACGUGGGAAGGAAGUUUCAGCAGCAGCACCUAAGGCCAAGGACACAACACCUGCUGCAUUAGAUUAUGUUGACAUUCCUCAUUCCCAGAUAAGAAAGGUUACAGCUUCACGCUUAUUGUUAUCAAAGCAAACUAUUCCUCAUUAUUAUUUAACUGUAGACACAUGUGUUGACAAACUUGUGGAUUUGCGGAGCAAACUAAAUUCAUUACAAGAGGCCUCAGGUGGAAAGCGGAUAUCUAUAAAUGAUCUUGUAAUCAAGGCUGCUGCCUUGGCUCUUAGAAAAGUUCCCCAAUGCAACAGUUCAUGGACCGAUAACUAUAUUCGCCAGUAUAAUAAUGUGAAUAUUAAUGUAGCUGUACAGACAGAUAAUGGAUUAUAUGUUCCAGUUGUUAAGGAUGCAGACAAGAAAGGUUUGUCUAAAAUUGCAGAGGAGGUCAAAUAUUUGGCCCAAAAAGCUAAAGAGAAUAGCUUGAAACCAGAAGAUUAUGAGGGAGGCACAUUUACUGUGUCAAAUUUGGGAGGGCCGUUUGGCAUCAAGCAAUUCUGUGCCAUCGUUAAUCCUCCUCAAUCUGGCAUUCUUGCAGUUGGCUCUGCUGAGAAGAGGAUUAUUCCUGGUUUUGGUCCUGAUGAAUUUAAAUUCGCUUCCUUCAUGUCAGUAACCCUAAGUUGUGAUCAUCGUGUCAUAGAUGGUGCAGUUGGUGCUGAAUGGCUGAAAGCAUUCAAGGGCUACAUUGAGAAUCCUGAAUCAAUGUUGCUGUAAAUCAGUUGAUGGCUCUUUCUGUCAUUUCUUUGUACACCUUUCUUUGCAGUUGCCAUUAUUAACAUUGAGCUGCAUUUGUUUUUUUGCAAUCAGUCGUUAGAUAGGAAAAAAUAGCUGGGUAGAAUAAAAGUAUUGGGUUCUUUUGAGGCAUUCAAAAGCAAAACUCGCUCAAUUUUGCUUUUGCAGAGUGUAAUAGCGCACUUUACCAAGGUGAUACCUUUUGUUGAAUAGAUUUUCUUUUGUUA